AUCAAGUGUCUACGUCAGUCGUCAACUCGUCAAGUAAACGAAAGAAUAAUUUUCAUUUUUUGUACUUUAUAUUUAUUAUUUUUAUUUUUGCAAGUAAAAAGAAACUAGGAAGUUUUGUUUGGUAGUACCUCAUACAAAUGUGAGUAAUUGUGAAAUCAGUAUGGUCAAAAUAUUAUUUCUACAUCCAGAUUUGGGUAUCGGAGGAGCGGAACGCUUAGUUUUGGAUGCCGCAUUGGCCUUCAAAACUAAAGGCCACGAUGUCGCUUUUUAUACAAACCAUCAUGACACAACGCAUUGUUUCGCCGAAACCAGAGAUGGAACCUUCCCCGUGACCGUGAUAGGUGACUGGAUACCGCGUUCUAUAUUUGGUAGAUUCAAAGCGGCGUGCGCUUACGCUCGCAUGGUCUUCGCCGCUGUAUACUUAGCCUGGUAUGUAAUACCGGUAGAGGAGCCCACGUUAAUUUUCUGCGACCUAAUAUCUCUGUGUAUUCCAUUUUUAAAAAUGGCCAGUGGUCCAUUCCGUAUAGUCUUCUAUUGCCAUCACCCAGACAAGCUUUUGACUACUGAAGGUGGUCUUUUGAAAAAGAUAUACAGAGCUCCGUUGAACUGGUUAGAAGAGUUAACAACAGCGAGGGCUGACAAAGUUUUAGUUAACAGCAAGUACACAGCUAGAGUGUACCAGGAUGCAUUUCAAAACAUCAAAGAUGUUCCUGAUAUAUGCUAUCCAUCAAUAAACACUGAGUUUUUCAACAAAACUACUCCGAGAAAUCUAAAAGAAGUAGUACCAGUUGGUACAGAUAAAUUCAUAUUCCUCUCAAUAAAUAGAUAUGAGAGAAAGAAGAAUUUGCCUCUCGCUUUAGAGGCACUGAAUCAUUUAAAGAGCAUGUUAGAAGAGUCUGAUUGGGAAAGAGUGCACUUGAUCAUGGCGGGAGGAUUUGAUCCAAUAAACUUGGAAAACAUGGAACAUUUCAUGGAGCUCACAGACCUGGCCGCAGAAUUGGAUGUAGAAGACAAGGUGACAUUUAUGAAGUCACCCAAAGAUGUAGAGAAAGUAUCUCUACUGUACCAUUGCAGAGCAUUGAUAUACACACCAUCUAAUGAGCAUUUUGGUAUAGUACCAUUAGAGGCAAUGUAUUAUAGCAAGCCAGUGAUCGCAGUGAACAGUGGCGGACCCACAGAGACCAUUGUCAAUGAGGUGACAGGUUUUCUAUGUGAGCCCAAUAGGAAAUCCUUUGCUGAUGCUAUGUAUAAAUUAAUUGCAUCUCCAGAUUUGUGUACCAGACUAGGUGAGGCGGGAAGGAAGAGAUUUGAAACUAAAUUCUCUUUUGAAGCAUUUACAAAUCAGUUAGAUGGUAUAUUGACAAGAGAGAGGCAACUUAUAUCUGAAGCUCGAGCAAUUGAGUAUGAGGAAAGGGUAAAGAAGCGUAAAUAACAUGAUGCCAACACUCCAACAAUAUUUGACAUUGUUUGAGUGUUUAAAAUAUUUUUGUGAUCUCUUGUGAUUUGUGUAGAUUCUUUGCUAACCAAGAUUUCUAUUUCAAUGUAAAUAUAGAUUUCAGAUACAAAGUAAAAGUAACUAAUGAUCAAUACUGUCAGACAACACUCUUGGCUUAAUGCACGGCGAUAUUACAAAUAGUAAAGUUUAUAUUUGGAUGAUGUGACGCUACGUUUCUUGUCAUGAUGUGAUGUCAAGUGUUUACAUUAAUAUGUCGUGUUGUGACGCUUCAGGACUAUGUUUUGAAUCAAUACAGCCACAGCCAAACAGCCGCGCGCAUUAAUCUGACGUGUUGUGAUGGAUGGUUGUUUCACUUCCCCUCCGCAACCCGUCGUUCUGACGCGAACCAUCAGAAGCCAUCACAACAUGUUACGACACAAGUGUAAAUGUUGCCAUACAAAAUGUAUGAUACCGAUUCUAUUCUGAUACGUCACAACAUGAUACGUCAAACAAAUAUAAUUCUGCCUUAAUGCUAUAUUAAAUAUGUCAUACAUUUUAUUUAAGGCUACAAUGAAUGUGUAUGUCGUCUAACAUUAAUGUUUAAUGUUGUAAAUUAUUUAUAGCUAAUCAUGCCCCAGAGUUAUAAAAGAAUUUUAAAGUUUUGCCAGUGCAUUUAGUGAUUUAUCAAUGUAGAGCGAGAUGCUUAUCUCUUUGAAAAUAUCAUAUUCUACUAAUAAUAAUAAUUGCUUAACAUUAAAUAUAUUUUAUAGAAGAAUCAUUAAGCACAGAGAAUUAUUAUUAGUCUUUAACAUUGCCAUAUUUAGAGUUUAUUUUAAUAGUUUUUUAGCUUUUCUUGAUUUCUGUGAAUGUUUUUAUACUGUGAAGCCAAAAAAUGUGUGAAGUUGUAGUUGUAUUGUUGUAUAUCUUGUCAUCAUCAUCAUCAUCAUAUCAGCCGAUGGACGUCCACUGCAGGACAUAGGCCUUUUGUAGGGACUUCCAAACAUCACGAUACUGAGCCACCUGCAUCCAGCGAAUCCCUGCGACUCGCUUGAUGUCGUCAGUCCACCUGGUGGGGGGUCGGCCAACACUGCGCUUACUGGUGCGGGGUCGCCAUUCCAGCACUUUGGGACUCCAACGUCCAUGGGCUCUUCGCACUAUGUGCCCCGCCCAUUGCCACUUCAGCUUUGCAACUCGUUGAGCUAUGUCGGUGACGUUGGUUCUUCUGCGGAUCUCCUCAUUUCUGAUUCGAUCACGCAGAGUCUAUCUUGUACUAUAAGUAAAUUGUUGUUUGUAGAUUGACAAAAUAUUUUCAUAACGAAAAAAAAUAUAUAUGUAUAUAUAUAUAGUAAGUAUGGCACUAAUAAGUAUUAUUGAGAUAUUUAAAAUUAAUAGUUAUAAAUAACUUUUUUUACUUUAACUUUGACAGUUAACAUAAUACAAUAACAUAUAUAUUUUUGUGUAUAGGAGUUUUACAUAUGGAGUUUUAAGGGCUUUAUUGCUGCGAGAGGAAAUAAAGAUGGACCCAUUACAGGGUUAGUUGGUUGUUAUUGAAGUACCAAAUUCAUUCUCAGAGUUUAAUUAGAAAUUAAAGGUAACUUGAAAUAAUAACUUAUAGGAGCCAAUGUGCUGCAGUUACUUAUUUUACAACUAAUUCAAGAUGCUCUGCUUUGGUCUCCCAACUUAGAUUCAAAUAUUAAUCAUUGUUAAAUAAUAAUCAUAAUCAAUUAACUUUCGGUUUCUACGCAGCAUGGUACCGAAACGCUGAAUCGUUUGGCGGUAAGUCUUUGUGGGUAGGGUGGUAACUAGCCACGACCGAAGCCUCUCACCAGCCAGACCUGGACCAAUUAGGAAAAUCUCAAGUGGCCCAGCCGGGGAUCGAACCCAGGACCUCCGUUUUGUUAAUCCACUGCGCACACCACUGCGCCACGGAGGCCGUCAGUCAAGGGUGCAUAAAGAAGUUGUAAGCACGCUACCUACCAACCUAUGCUGCUAUAUACAUAUACUUUAUGGGGCUACCCUACACACAUUGUUUGUCAUAAAUAUUGAUUCCUCUCUACCAUAGACCUCUGUAAGCUGAGGAUUUAGUAUGUGGUUUGUCUAUAGUAAAUAUUCUUGAUAAUUCCUUAUUGACUAGCAUUUUUUAUAAUAGGACAUUGUGUAUGAAUAAUUGUAUGAAUAAUAUAAUAUGUUGUACUUGCAAGUGAAUUUAUCUACUACUUGGCAUUCUGUUAAUUGUAAUCUUCCUGUGCGUGGUUGUUAUUGAAUAUAAUUUAUUUCAGAUUUUUAACACAAUAUUUGUAACUAAUUAUCAAUUUUUAUUUUUAUUUAUCUCUAAUAAUUAAUUAAUUAUUAUUACUAAGGGUCUGGGUACUUUUGUAUGCAUAUGGCAUGAUUUUUACUUCAGGAGGCCACGGACAUUUUAUAAUAUAGUUGUUGUUAAUAUAUAGUAAAAUAUAUGUCAAUAGUAUCAAAUGGUUUAAACAUAUUUUCGAUGCAAACAUACGACUAAACCCUCUCGGUUCCAAUAUAUUUAAAGGAAAAAAAAUGGGUGUCUAAUUGUUUUUCAUAAAGCAUUACUUUGCAUAAGUGGCCAGAGACUUAUAAAAUCAUGUCACUUUACCUGAACCCUUUGUGUUACAAAUAUACGUCUUCAAGUUGA